AUGGUAGAUUUGUUAGAUAUGACCGAAUUCAAUGAAGACACUGAGCAGGAAACUUGCCCUUUCCCAUGCGCAAGAUCACUGGAAAAAUUGCUACAACAAGACACUUAUCUGGCACUGGCCAGUGCCUUUGUGCUCUUGAGACUUCUUUACAUUCUCGUCCCAAAACUUAAUGCAUGUGCUAACCGAGCUUGGAGGAGGCGCGCCCUCUUUGCGAGCUUGAUCAGCUUUUGGGAUUGUUUCCCGGCUUAUAUCGAACAAGCCAAGCAAGGGUUCAACAAAGUGCUUCCGUGCAAAAGAAGUAAUUUGCAGGAAGGAGCAAUGAAUGCUAGGGUUUGGGCUUCUAAAUCGUUGGCUUCGGUGGCCAUUGGGGAGCCGAGUUCCACAACAGUUUUAUUCAUCGAGUAUGACUUUUCAUUUGAAAAUGUUAACAUUAGAGAGCUGACUCAGUGA